UAAAUUGCACUCUUGUUGAAUUUAUUGGAAAUCAUAUAAAUCAGAGCACGAUUCAAACAUUUUAAUUGCAAGGCAUGUCUUAUUUAUUUUCCUCAAAUUGUAUUCUGUGAAACUGUGAUCACAAUCCAAUGUUUAUCUGCGAACUUGAGAAAAUAACAAAAUGGCGUAACGGCUCAUGUUUUAUUUUUGUUGUAAUAAUUUGCAUUCGCAGAUGAAGUGAAGAUGAUAUUUUAACAUAAAAGUUUGUAAUUCUCUAAGGAAAUUAUUUGAUCCUGGAUUGUAAGGUUUUCAAAAAUCAAUGUUCAGUACAAAAUCUCAGCUUCGAAAACGUACUCCGGAGAAUGGCACAGAUCGUGAAAAUUAUUUAUCACUUUUGGUAGAUGAAUAUUUGAAUUCAAGUUCUCUUGAUGCGAAAUGUCAAGUGUUGGCCAAUUUAGCGAAUUUUGCAUACGAUCCUAUAAAUUAUUGCUUCAUACGUGAUGUAGGCGCACUGGAUAUUUUUCUUUAUGUUUUAAAGAAUGAAUCUAACGAUAAACUGGUCAAUUUCGCCUGUGGUGGUAUUAGCAAUCUAUGUCUGGAUCCUUUGAACACUACAUAUAUCUUAGAUUCUGGUAUAUUGAAUCUUGUGCCUCGUCUUUUAAAGAGUGGUAACACAGGUAUAGUGGCAUCCACUUUAUCUAUUAUUAUUCAAAUACACAAUUCCUUGGGAAAGCCAGAGUUAUUCAAUAGUGAGAUAAUUCAAAAUGCAGAAAUUUUAAAAUCAAGUGAAGAAAAAGUCAUUGCAAAUUUAGCAACAGUAUUUCAUCAAGAUGUCUGCAAAUUAUCUUAAAGAUAUAAAUAAUAUACAGCGUAUUUAAAGAUAUUGAAAUUGAAUAUUAAAAAAGCAAAAUGUUAUCAAAUAGAUUUCCAUAUAUAGCAAUGAAUAAUAAAAACUAUCAAAAGAUUUGUAAAUUACACACAUCAACAUUUAAUAGUGUAUCAUUUAAAGCGGGUGAUAAAAUUCGUAUACAGAAAACACUCACACAAAAGGACUUGGAUACUUUUUCAAAUCUCACAAGCGAUCAUAAUCAUCUACACAAAAAUAAUGGCAAUAAACGGCCUAUUGUACAUGGUGCAUUAUUGAAUGGUCUUGUAGCUGGACUGAUUGGUACACAUUUACCAGGACCAGGUACAAUUUUAGUAUCUCAAACCAUGAAAUUUCCCAACAAAUGUUUUGUUGGUGAAAAAUUAACUAUAAGUGUUGAGUUGGUUGAUGUGAGAAAAAUUUUAAAAGUGAAAUUUUUUUGUGUCGUCGAAGAGGAAAAGAAGGUUGUGUUUGAAGGUGAGGCUAAAUUAAUAUUAGCCAAAGACUGUUGAGAUAGCUGUAAGAGUUGUUUAAUAAUUUAUUACAAAAUCUAGCUCAUAAACAUUUAACUAGUGAUUUUAGAUAUUAAGGAUCAGUUGCUGUGGAUUUCCACUAAAACUCAUGUAAAAAACAUGUCUGUUUGCAUGACAUGUUUUGGCAGUGGAAAUGCCUAGUUACAGUUAAAAUUAAGGUCUGUAUCAUGGUAACUCAUACUUUUAUGAAUAUUCUAUCAAUAUUGUAUAAGGGAUGGUGAUAAUUAAAUAUGUGCCAAUAAAGUCACAUUACAUAAAUAUAUACAGUUUUAAUUACAUUUUAAAUUAUUUCUUAAACAUGAAAUGAAACAGAAAUUUGUCCGUUUUAUAAAAUUUAAGUCAAUAAUUUAAGACUGAUAUUCUUAUUUGCACUAUAUAAAAUAUUCUUCAAACAGAUGUGAUAAUUUUCACAAUUUU